AUGCAGUUCUCGCUCGUGUCCGUCUUCCUCUCCACAUUGGGGCUGGCCAGCGCACUUCACAAUGGCCUCGCCGCAACAUGGAAUGCCACCGAUUUCGAACUUGAGUGUUCACCGGGUGGCUGUACCUACCGCUUCAACAUCUCUGCACCUGCAACGGAAAAUGCGCCGGGCUUCGACACUUCUUGCGAAGGCAUCACCCCUAAUGCCACUCGUUGUGACGAUGAGGCCAUCACCGCGUCAGUCAGCCCCUUGACACAUCCGCUCUGGAAUGUCAAGGUGCAGCAUGAGUGGCACGAGGACGAGGAGGACUUUAAUGCGCAGGCCACCUAUUGGCAGGCCGGCACUACCAAUGUGACGGAGACGACCACAACCUUCCUCAUCAAACCCAAUGUCUUUUAUGGAACCUCCAUCCUCCGCCAGAUCGUUGCGGGUCCGCGACUGAAGCAUCCAGAAGCAGGACUAGAUCUCUGCUAUGUGACCGACAACAUUAUCGCAACCUCUGGUCCCUCUGGGACAUACCCGCAACGCGCAUACCGCAAUCCUCUCGACGAGCUCGUCAAGUUUUUGGACUACAAGCAUGGCGAGAAUUGGUGUAUCUGGGAAUUCCGAGCUGAGGGUACUGGGUACCCAGAUUCGGAGGUUUACAAUCGCAUUCACCACUUUCCAUGGCCCGACCAUCAUCCUCCUCCCUUUGCGCUUAUCCCGAAAAUUAUGGUCAGCAUGCGCAACUGGCUGCAUCCGGAAGAGGCUCAAGAUCAGAAAGCCGGAGUGGCGGCGAAUGGUGAAUCAAGGAACCCUCAGAAAAGGGUUGUCGUUGUGCACUGCAAAGCAGGCAAAGGCCGCAGUGGCACCGUCGCCACAUCUUAUCUGAUCAGCCAGGAGGGAUGGAAGAAAGAGGAUGCGCUGCAGCGAUUCACCCAGCGUCGCAUGCGAGUCGGAUUUGGGAACGGAGUGAGCAUCCCCAGCCAGCUUCGCUACGUCGGAUACGUCGACCGAUGGGCGAAUCAUUUGGGAAAGCGAUAUGUCGACAGACCGGUAGAGAUUCUCGAGAUCCACACCUGGGGUCUUCGGGACGGGGUCAAGGUCAUCGUACAAGGUUACGAGGAUGAAGGCAAAAGGAUGAAGAAUUUCCACCUGUUCCACCGCCAUGAACGCACCGUGGUCGAAGCCGGCGAUAAUGACCCCCCAAUCGCGACAACGCCUCCGACGGCAGAGCCAGCGGUCUCGGCUGCUCAGCCGUCCAGCUCCUCCCUUCCUACCCAACUUCAAGUACCAAGUCCAGCGUCUGACCUCUCGACUCGCACGACUGCCACGUCGAACCUCUCGGCCAUCAUCUUUCGCCCACACAAGCGCAUCGUCAUUCCCAACUCUGACGUCAAUAUUGACUUUGAGCGCCGCAGCAAGGCUUCAUACACUGGAUUCACCAUGGUGACCUCGGUUGCGCACGUGUGGUUCAAUGCCUUUUUUGAAGGCGGCGAUCAGUAUGAUUCGGGCGUAUUCGAACUCGAGUGGGAUGCGAUGGACGGCAUCAAAGGAAGUGCAAGAAAGGGUAUUCGCUCUUUCGAACGGAUGAAGGUAGUCUGGAGGUAUCCGGCCGAUCAGAAUCCGCAACCUCCCCAUGACGCCUCAGUGACAGAUCAACUGAUCAGCGAGGCCAAGCCUGAUCAACCGGCCCUCAACACCCAUGUCGCUAUGGCACGCACAGAUGCAGACCUAUCAAUGCAAAGCGAAUUGCCGAACACCUCUCUAGUGCAGGCGCAAGGUAAAGAAAACAUUGCCCCAGCGAAAGACGACCCUUCCACAUCCAGCCCGGCCCCCGCAGACCAGAACUUGCUUGCAGUCAAUGCUGGCUCCCUGCACGAAUUACAGCGGCAGCUGGGAGUACGCAAGCAAACCGAUGAAAGUAAAGAUGUCAGUUUGGCCGGGACCGACGAUGAAGCUCGAUCGAUCAUGACCGACGACGCUCCAACAAAAACCAAAGACGUCAACGAACAUUCCGACCAUGGAGCAGAGAAUGAUGACUAUCGAGGCGUGCAGUCUUACCUCGGUCAGGAAGACUCACAGAGACCCACAUGA